AUGGAUCUUGCAGCGGCAGCGGAGCCGGUCUCUGGCUCCCAACACCUGGAAGUCCGCGAUGAGGUGGCCGAGAAAUGCCAGAAACUAUUUCUGGACUUCCUGGAGGAGUUCCAGAGCGGCGAUGGAGAAAUAAAGUACUUGCAGUUGGCAGAGGAGCUAAUCCGUCCUGAGAGAAACACACUGGUUGUGAGUUUUGUGGAUCUGGAACAAUUUAACCAGCAACUUUCCACCACCAUUCAAGAGGAGUUCUAUAGAGUUUACCCUUACCUUUGUCGGGCCUUGAAAACCUUUGUCAAAGACCGCAAAGAGAUCCCUCUUGCCAAGGACUUUUAUGUUUCAUUUCAAGACUUGCCUACCAGACACAAAAUUCGAGAACUCACUUCAUCCAGAAUUGGUUUGCUCACGCGUAUCAGUGGACAGGUGGUUCGGACUCACCCAGUUCACCCAGAACUAGUCAGUGGAACUUUCCUGUGCUUGGACUGCCAAACAGUGAUCAAAGAUGUAGAACAGCAGUUUAAAUACACACCACCAAACAUCUGCCGAAAUCCGGUUUGUGCCAAUAGGAGAAGAUUCUUGCUGGAUACAAACAAAUCGAGAUUUGUUGAUUUUCAAAAGGUUCGUAUUCAAGAGACUCAAGCUGAACUUCCUCGAGGGAGUAUCCCCCGCAGUUUGGAAGUGAUCCUGAGGGCUGAAGCUGUGGAAUCAGCUCAAGCUGGUGACAAAUGUGACUUUACAGGCACGCUCAUUGUUGUGCCUGAUGUCUCCAAGCUUAGCACACCAGGAGCACGUGCAGAAACUAAUUCCCGUGUCAGCGGUGUGGAUGGUUAUGAAACAGAAGGUGUUCGAGGACUCCGGGCCCUUGGUGUCAGAGACCUUUCUUACAGGCUGGUCUUUCUUGCCUGCAGUGUUGCACCCACCAACCCAAGGUUUGGAGGGAAAGAGCUCAGAGAUGAAGAACAGACAGCUGAGAGCAUUAAGAACCAAAUGACUGUGAAGGAGUGGGAGAAAGUGUUUGAAAUGAGUCAAGAUAAAAAUCUCUACCACAAUCUUUGUACCAGCCUGUUCCCUACUAUACAUGGCAAUGAUGAAGUAAAACGAGGUGUCCUGCUGAUGCUCUUUGGUGGUGUUCCAAAGACAACAGGGGAAGGGACCUCUCUUCGAGGGGACAUAAAUGUUUGCAUUGUUGGUGACCCAAGUACAGCAAAAAGUCAGUUUCUUAAGCACGUGGAAGAGUUCAGCCCCAGAGCUGUCUACACCAGUGGAAAGGCCUCCAGUGCUGCUGGCUUAACAGCAGCUGUUGUGAGAGAUGAAGAAUCUCAUGAGUUUGUCAUUGAGGCUGGAGCUUUGAUGUUGGCUGAUAAUGGUGUGUGUUGUAUUGAUGAAUUUGAUAAGAUGGACAUAAGGGAUCAAGUUGCUAUACAUGAAGCUAUGGAACAACAGACCAUCUCCAUCACUAAAGCGGGAGUAAAGGCUACUCUGAAUGCCAGGACAUCUAUUUUGGCAGCAGCAAACCCAGUCAGUGGACACUAUGACAGGUCAAAAUCGUUGAAACAGAAUAUAAAUUUGUCGGCUCCUAUCAUGUCCCGAUUUGAUCUCUUCUUCAUACUUGUGGAUGAAUGUAAUGAGGUCACAGAUUAUGCUAUUGCCAGGCGAAUAGUCGACUUACAUUCAAGAAUUGAGGAUUCUAUUGAUCGUGUCUAUUCCCUUGAUGAUAUCAGGAGGUAUCUUCUCUUUGCAAGACAGUUUAAACCCAAGAUUUCUAAAGAGUCAGAAGACUUCAUUGUGGAGCAGUAUAAACGUCUCCGCCAGAGAGAUGGUUCUGGUGUAACCAAAUCUUCAUGGAGGAUUACAGUGCGUCAGCUGGAGAGCAUGAUCCGGCUCUCUGAAGCAAUGGCCCGGAUGCACUGCUGUGAUGAGGUCCAACCUAAACAUGUGAAGGAAGCUUUCAGGUUACUGAAUAAAUCAAUCAUCCGUGUGGAAACACCUGAUGUCAAUCUAGAUCAAGAAGAAGAGACCCAGAUGGAGGUAGAUGAGGGCCCAGGUGGCAUCAAUGGCCAUGCUGACAGCCCUGCACCUGUGAAUGGAAUCAAUGGCCACAUUGAUGACAUAAACCAAGAGUCUGUUCCCAAAGCCUCCUUAAGGCUGAAUUUUUCUGAGUACUGCCGAAUCUCUAACCUUAUUGUGCUUCACCUCAGGAAGAUGGAAGAAGAAGAGGAUGAGUCGUCAUUAAAGAGGAGUGAACUUAUUAACUGGUACUUGAAGGAAAUUGAAUCAGAAAUAGACUCUGAAGAGGAACUUAUAAAUAAAAAGAGAAUCAUAGAAAAAGUCAUUCAUCGACUCACACACUAUGAUCAUGUUCUAAUUGAGCUCACCCAAGCUGGAUUGAAAGGCUCUACAGAUGGCGGUGAGAGCUAUGAAGAAGAUCCCUACUUGGUAGUUAAUCCUAACUACUUGCUGGAAGACUGA